AUGCGCAAACCAUCGGCGUGCAGCACCUGCCGAGCACGGCGACGCAAGUGCAUCUACCCAGCGGGGGAGCGGUCUGAUCGGGUGAUCGCAUGCGAGUACUGUCGGUCACGAGCAUUGCACUGCGUCCAGAGGCCUCCUGAGGGUGGCUACUAUGCUCAACGUCAAGCAAAGAUCGAAGAGUUCGAGGCCACCCAACAUGCGUCAGCGUCGCCAGGCAGUCAACUCACACCAACGUCAUGUCAGUUCCCAUCCGACCUGCCACCGAUGCCUCUGAGGCUCGAGCUGGUGAACUUGUAUUUCGACUACAUCCAUGAUCAGUUUCAUUCGAUGUACCAUCGCCCGUCCUUUACCGAGGAUGUAGCGCGAGAGAGGGUGCCGAGGAUCAUUCUGCUCGCCAUUAUCGCACUUUCUUGCAGAUUUUCAAACAGCUCCGUGUACCUGGAGCUAGACCCACGGGAGAGGGGUGAAGGCUUCCGCGCAGCGAGUGAAGCACUACUCAACCUACGUGAUGUAUCCCCAGUCACGAUUCAAGCGUGUGUACUUUUGGGUGCAUAUGCAGCUGCACAUGGUGAUACAGACGUCGAGAAUGUGUUCUACAGCACGGCAGGCCGCAUGUGCCUCGUCCUCGACUUACCCAAUCGGCCAGUCACCAGUCUAUUGGAGAGGGAAGUCAACAUCAGAGUUUGGUGGACUGUCUGCAUGGUCGACGUGUGGUCGUCCGCUGCAGUCAAAGUCCCAAGAAUUAUGCCUCUCCGAAGUACGGUGUCAUAUCCAAUCGACGAAAUUCCGUUCUCGUCGAUGAGUGACGACUUCACGUCCAACUUCAUUAGCAAUCCGACAACCUAUGAGUCGCCUAUUCUGACCGAAAUGAUCAAGCUCAACAGGAUACUCCUGCAGGUCAUCGAUUUCAACCAACGAUGUGUGUCGGAACAUCUCGAUGGCGAGGCUUUGGAGUCCGGUGUCAAGUCGCUUUCCCGUGAGCUAAGCAUUUGGCUGGAGAGCCUGCCUCACCACAUGAGGGACACACCUGACAACUUCAAAUGGUUCGCUGAUCGUGGUUUCGGACGCAUGUUCGCGGCAUUGUACCUAGGGUACUAUCACUAUGGUCAACUGCUUAACUACCAGUUCCUUGGUGCAGAUUCGAUCUCAACUUCUACUUUGUACGCUGCGGACUGCAAACAUCAUGCCUCAAAACUGUGCGAAGUGGUCUAUCGAUCGUUCGCUACUCUGGGCAGCGAGGUGAUGUACCCAGCAGUUGCGCACAUCCUCGUAAUCGCAUCCACUGUUCAGAUCCACACCCUGCUCUUCUCUGGAGAUAACGGCCAGAUACGGCAGGCGAAGUCUCGUCUCGAACGUAACUUCGAAAUCCUCCUGCGAUUGCGGCCAUUCUGGUCCAGUGUCGAUAGCGCAAUGAGCCGCCUGAGGGCCUUUCAUCAAACCUGUUUGCGAAGCAAAGACACAAGUUUCGUUCUGGACCGCUGGCUGCUACGUUUCUUGGUUCAGUUUGCUCCCCAUAUGGAACUCGAGCCGCGAGACAACGACCCGCAUUACGAGGCUCUCCUGGCACUUUCGAAGCAGUCGCCUUCAUCGUGUUCCUCGUUGUCGGUUACCUCGCCAGGAAUGGUGAUGCAAACCCCACAUGGCGCUUCCCCACGGGUACACCAGGCCCCACAUCCAAUAUAG